AGUCAGGACGGGGUGGGGGAGGGGGGGGUCGCCGGGCCGCUGUUUGUUGUCAUCCCAAGAUGGAGUUUCUGCUGGGGAACCCGUUCAGCACCCCGGUGGGGCAGAGCCUCGAAAAGGCCACAGAUGGCUCACUGCAAAGUGAAGACUGGACGCUCAACAUGGAGAUCUGUGACAUCAUCAACGAGACAGAAGAAGGUCCAAAGGAUGCCAUUCGAGCACUGAAGAAGAGGCUGAAUGGAAACAAAAAUUACAGAGAGGUCAUGCUGGCUCUGACGGUGUUGGAGACCUGUGUGAAGAACUGUGGCCAUCGCUUUCAUGUCUUAGUGGCAAACCGUGACUUCAUAGAUGGUGUUCUGGUGAAAAUCAUCUCGCCCAAGAAUAACCCCCCCACUAUUGUACAGGAUAAAGUACUAGCGCUGAUUCAGGCUUGGGCUGAUGCCUUUCGAAGUAGCCCUGAUUUAACCGGAGUAGUGCAUAUUUAUGAAGAACUCAAGAGGAAAGGCAUAGAGUUUCCCAUGGCAGAUCUUGAUGCUUUGUCUCCAAUACACACGCCACAGAGGAGUGUUCCUGAAGUUGAUCCUGCAGCAAAUAUGCACAAUUCACAGUCCCAGCAGAGGAUGAGCACCAGUUCUUACUCUUCGCCUUCUCCGACAGCAUAUUCUGCUCCUCAGGCCCCAGCUCUGAAUGUGACUGGUCCCAUCACUGCUAAUUCUGAACAGAUUGCCCGGCUGCGCAGCGAGCUGGAUAUUGUUCGUGGGAAUACAAAAGUGAUGUCUGAAAUGCUGACAGAAAUGGUUCCUGGACAAGAGGAUUCUUCAGAUCUUGAGUUACUCCAGGAACUGAACCGAACCUGUAGAGCUAUGCAGCAGAGAAUUGUGGAGCUUAUCUCACGAGUGUCCAAUGAAGAAGUCACAGAGGAACUGCUGCACGUGAAUGAUGAUUUAAAUAACGUCUUCCUCAGAUACGAAAGAUUUGAACGCUACAGAUCAGGACGUUCAACGCAAAAUGCCAGCAAUGGAGUCCUGAAUGAAGUGACAGAAGAUAACUUAAUAGAUUUGGGUCCUGGCUCCCCAGCUGUAGUGAGCCCAAUGGUCGGAAACUCAGCACCCGCGUCUUCACUUUCUUCACAGCUCGCAGGGCUUGACUUGGGUACAAACAGCGUCAGUGGCACACUCAGCUCUCUACAGCACUGUAAUCCUCGUGAUGACUUCGACAUGUUUGCGCAGACAAGAGGCAGUUCCUUGGCUGAGCAGCGAAAGAACGUGACAUAUGAGGAUCCUCAAGCUGUCAAAGGACUAGCGUCUGCCCUGGACGUUCGAAAACAGAACACAGGAGGGAGGAGAGGUAAAGGUGGGAACUCAGACAUGGAGCCCAUAGACAAGUGGCUAAUUACACAAGGAAUGAUCCCUGUUGCACAGUCCUCUGUCAUGGAUGACAUUGAGGAGUGGCUCAGUACCGACUUGAAAGGAGAAGAACCGGAAGAAGGAGUGACCAGCGAAGAGUUUGACAAAUUUUUAGAAGAACGAGCCAAAGCGGCAGAGAUGGUCCCCAAUCUACCAUCCCCUCCCCUGGAAGCCCCCACUCCUCCAACAAAUUCUUCCAGCAGGAAAAAGCAAGAGCGCUCGGAAGAUGCCCUCUUUGCACUGUGAAGAUUGCCCUGCGCUCCCCCUCACGCUCUGCAGAAGAAUGUUGCUGUACGGCCACUUCGUCCUCUCACAGUACUUGGCUAACAACGACCCUUUUCCCCUCCUGGUUUCAUAGAUUGCUCCUCCUUCUCUCUCUCUCUCUCUCUUUCUCUCUCUCUCUUUCAAACAGUCCAUCCCCACAAGCUGACUCUUUCUAUUUAAGUCCAACACUAUUCCUGCCAGACCACGCUUAAUCCCCUCCUUCCUAUCCCAGCUGCACAAAACCAGCUCUUGAUGCUGAAAACCCCUUUAGAAUGCAUGAGUACGUCAUACUGUGUUGAAACAAAAGCCUAGAGGGGAGAGAGCAGCCUUGCCCUUCAAUUUAUGUAGGGAUCAUCCUCUUCUGUAGGCAGGUCCUGCCAAGUAGACUGCUCUGUCGAUCAGCAUGUAAUUGACUGAGCUGGAAUGUUCAGGAGGAGUGUGUCUUUAUUUUUAGAUAAAAUGUUAAUGUAUUGGCUUUCGUGUCGGUUUCGACAGCAAGGAACAACUGUUCCCCUUUCAACAUGUGCUUCACAAGUCAAAAUCCUUUCCUCUCCCACUCAUACAUCUCCCAGUACCAUAUGGUGGUCGUUUUCCCCCACUUUGUGCAGCGCUUCAUAUUCUUAAUCUCACAGGGUAUUUUUUCCUUGUGUUUUAUCUGGGCUUGCUCUAAUUCGAAAGCAGUCUGUUGGCCAUGUCCAGUAGCUCUGGCAGUUGACAAGAAUGAAAACCACUGGGCUAAAUGGAUGCUGUAACACUAGUGCAUGAAGCAUUUUGCUCUUUGGGAGAGCAUACUCACAUGAGGAUUUUUUCUAGUGUGUUUGCCUUUUAAAAUAGCUAGAUUAUUUUGUCCUUAGAUUCCUCCUUCAGUCACUGUACAGCUCAGCAUUUGUCUCAACUGUUGUAAAUAACAUCCAUGCAAAUGCGUGGGACUUGCUCAUGGACUGGGUGUGAACUGAGGUUCCUGGGCUCCCUGCCAUGCCUGGUAGGAUUGACAUGCUCAUUCUUGGUCGUAGGUAUGAGGAAAAGGAGCAAACCUUACCCAGGCUUGUAUGAGAAUCCUGAGGGAAAGGUUACCCAUGGAGGGAUUAGCCAGUAUAGUGGCUGUUUGUGCUAGAGGUGAAACUCUUUGUUUCCUUCUAGGUUUGGGCCUGAGGGAAAGCAUUGGAUGAUCAUGGCCAUGUUAUAUGUAAUCCCAAGCAGUUCUGGAGUGUCCUUUGGUAGCUCUGCCUGUUUAUAACGCCCAGCUCCUAAGGGGCUAUUGUCUGCCUUCCACUUCAAGAACAUUUCCUUUGCUUGCCAGAGGCACAGCUGAUAGCGCUGCUCCUCCUGGAGCUGCCAAAAGGAAUUUCCACCAUGUGCGCCUGCCUUGCUGGGCUGACACACGGAGCUGGAGCAGACAGCCCACACUGCACUCGAGCCCUCCUUGCAUCCCCCAGCAUGUUCCUUGGUAGGAAGCCAGUGGCACAGGAUGGCAGGAUCAAAGUGCAAGAUGAACGCUGUGCGGCAGAGUGUAUCUCCUGUCCUGACAAAGAGGCGCUUCAUCAGAUGAACGCCCACGCAGGCAGCGCUCUGCUCAGCGGCACUUCAGCCCCUGCUCCUCGGGGCACGAGUUGUCUUAGGCAGCCAGCCACUUUGUUCUGACUUGGCAUGUCUGAGCUUCCUGGGAUGCUGAUGUGUGUCAGGCUCUCUCAGAAGUUGUUCUAGACGAAGAAGCCGCAGUUUUAACUGCGUUUACAGGGAAUUGUGUUUAGAUUCAACUAAAGCUGCUUUUUCCUGCACCAGUUCCCUGAAUGUUAGUUUUAAACAGCUGAUGUGAAAGUGAUAGAUGCUUUUAUCUGAAUGUGGUUAUUUCAGCUCAUAACAUACUCUCUAGGGUACUCUGUGCUUUGGUAGGUUGUGACACAUACAACCUCUUCCCAAAUGGCCUGUUUGCAGCGUGAUGGUCUUUGAGAGCUGCUCAUUCAUCUUUGGAGGGAAGCAUUGCUACAGGAUUUCCAGGCAAUCACAGGUUAGAUGUCAUCUGUCCCUGCUCAUCCUCUCCUCUGUGCUGCCCUACUUGCAUUUUCUCCCUGGAUCUCUCUGUAGGUAGCUGGGCCCAGGCAGGACUGCACUGGCACCCACCAGCGCUGGCCUAGCACCUCUUAGCUCCUCUGUAGCUCGCUGCUCCCUGUCAGCUCUGCACUGUGCAGAGGGUAGCAUGGCUUGCAAGUGGGCUAAAAAAAAUUAGUGUAAAAACGGCGAUGGCUUGAGGAUGAAGCUGCCUGUUCUCCCCACCUGCUAACCUUCCCCCUCAGUUGAAGUCCUGCUGCAUGAAUCUGCAGGGGGUUUCUCUGUUUCAUCUUUGUGGCUCGUGUAAGUGCCAGGACAGUCUGCCUUGGAAGACUAGCUGCUUGCAUGUGUGCAGUGCUCUCUCCCUGGUUAGCAAGAGGUGAGCCCAUGGCUCAGGAAUUGGUUGCCAGACCCCCCACUGCCAGCUCCUGCCAGGCCCUGCUUUCUGCAACGCGUCAAAUGUGGCCACAAGCUCCCAGGAAACUGGGGAAACUUCCACUGUGAUGCUGAUUUGAUUUCAGAUGGUGUCUGGUGAUCGCCUGAGCAGUUGUGCCAGCCCAAGAUGAAUUGUUGGUAUUCCUGUCAAUGCAAAAAGCUCUGUGGGCGUCUUAACUGUGUAUUUUCUUUUCUAAAUCCUUGACCCUGUAAAUGGCCACAUCAGGUGAUUCUAAGCAUGUUAAUCCAGCUUCCCUGCCAAGUCCCAAGAGAUAAUCGCAUUGCUCAGGCAUGGGGAUACUGUCAAAUGCUGAGUGGCAAGGAUAUCGCUGGUGCUGUCACCGAAGCCCCCCUGCAGAGCCCCGCUGCCAGCAGAUUUACUGCAAUUCUUCCCCCACCCUUAAGCAAAGGAAAAGGGAGGUGGGGGUGGCUAACCUUCCCUCUUUCUGUCAUGCCAAGCCUGGCUUGUGUCUUCAAGUUGUUGCUUUAGAAAGAGUCUGGGCCUUUCUGGAAGCCUUUGCAGAGCUGUUCCUGAUGGACUGCUGCCUCCGGCUGGGGAAGGAAAUUCAGAUGCGCCGAGAUGGCUGGGGCUGAGUGGAGAUGGCAGCGUGUGCAGGGAUAAGUCAAGGGACUCUCUCCUGUGCUCAUAACCUCGGGCGCUGCGCGGUCCCCACUGACGUCCUGUGUCACCGCCGGGAAGCGAGGGCAGCGUUUUCGGGGGGCGGCAGGUGCUGUCGGCACAAGCGGCUGCUUUGGCAGAAGUAGGGCAGCACCCAGGAGAUUCCUUCCUUAGGAGAUGUGCGCUCAGCCUGGAGGAGAUGGUUAAACAUACUCCUGGUGUGACCUUUGAUGGGUCUGGUGUAAGCACGGCCUCUCCCGCAAGCCACCUGGGAGCUCUGAAGCCCGUGGUAGGUGGUGGUGGUGUUGGGGCGAGUUGGGUUUGGAGCCCGAGCCCGUGAGGCCUGGCUCUUGCAGUGCUGAGCAUGUAGCGGGGCAGGAGACACCGAAGGGAGCUGAGUGUGCAGCUUAACUGGCGGUUUAGCCCAAGCCUUCUUUAAUAAACGUAAGAGCUACGCUAGAGCUUCCCUAAUAUCCUGUAUCAGGAUCUCUCAUCUUCCCUAUCCUGUUGUGGUCUGCAAAAACCUGAGCAGUGGAAGCUGUUUGGGGGAAAGGGAAGGGCUUUUCUCGCUGCAGAGUACUGACCUCUCGAUUUGCUCUUCCUUAGCUCUCACUGUAAAUGCUUCCUCUGUGCACGUGGACAGAGAACCUGUGUGGCUCCGAUGCUUGUGAGAAGAGGGAUGGAGCUGCAGUUUGAACUACUUUCCAUAAGAAAUAACAUCCCAAAGCUUUCUAGGCCUAUUAGGAAUCACAGCUUGACACUCAAUGACACUAAAUUAUUAUUGGGAUCCGUUGUAAGUUCUAAUAAUACCAUAUUCUAGGUUAAAAUAUUUAUUUUGUCAAUAUAUUUUCUUUCCAUUAUGUUUUUUUAACCUCUUCUGUUAACCCUUUGUGUGCUGAGAUGUAAGAAAUGAAUGGUUUCUAUUUAAAUAUGUCCUUUGGGGUUUUGUAAUUGUUGCGUGUAGAUUUGAGCUGCAUCUCUGGCAGGUGUAAUAGAUAACAGUGUGCUGUACAGACAUUUAGGGUGUUUAGCAUGUAGGCAAGGCUCAUAGGAGAAGAGCUCAUAAAAACGUAGCAUGGUUUUUCUUAAAGGGAACAGCAUAGGUACAGGGAACGGUCCGUACAGCGACCCUCACGUUGCUUCCAGCACACCUUUCCCCUUCUGAUUGCCCCAGGCUCUGUCUCUGAAACGUACUGAUCAAAUCAGCUCAGGCUCUUCAUUUUCAGGGUUGUUUUUACCCUUCCAAGCUGAAGAAGGAUUUUGGUCGGGGGGUUUGUUUUGUUUGGGUUUGUUCAGGUUUUUUCUGGAAUAAAUUGACUGUUUCCACUUUUAAAUGGAGGACUCUGCAGAGCUGGCUGCGGUGGCGAGAUGUUUCCCUCCAGUGGCGGAAGAACGGAUGCAGGCGGUGGUUUCAGGCCCAGGGCAGAGGUGAUGGCCCCCCUCCCUUACGCCGUACCAGGAGCUGGGCCCACACUCCUCCGGCAGCCCCAGCCAGCGCAAUCUGUUCCUGCUUCCCCCUACUCAGUGCUCUUCUACUUUCAGCCAUAAGAACAGGACAUGCAGACCGGGAGAGCAAACACAGCAGCAUUUUCAGCAGCCUUUUUGGUCCUACGAGUUGUCGGGUCUUAGGGCUGCUGGGAUGAGCUGUGGAGUGAGACCUGCUCACGCUAUCUCCGUCCCCAGCUCAGCCUGCUCCAGCCCAGUCGGUGUUUACCUCCUAAAUGCUAACCGCAAGACUCGCAGAGCCUACCCUGGAAAAAAACAGCUCAGGACAGUUAUUUUUAUGGAAAUAAUGAAGCAGGCAAUCGGUGAGUGGGUUUGUAGCCUCCGGGGAGGUAACCCUUCAGCUGCUGGGGGCACCCACUGCCGCUGGAGCAGGCUGCGUGCUCUGUCCCCAGCCUCCUGGCCCCAGCGUCACCGCCGUUCCCACCUCUGCCUCCCCCAGGCCAUGGCAACAGUUUGCUCCUCCACCCUGGAGAAAGGCGAGGUGGCAUUUCGCUGAGAGCUGGCUGGGUUUAGCGCCGCGCCACGCUCUUGUGCUGGUCCUCUGUAGCCCACGGCAAGCAUACGCCAAGCAUCCCACCCUGCUCUGUGUUUUUAUGAGUACAAGCUUCUCAUUCUGUACAUGUUAUUAUGAGCUAUUGUUAACCCUACAAAUGUAACCUGUGUAAUAGCUUUUCUGUAUAUUACAGCUGUAGGCUUUCCAGAUAAAAGUGGAUAAUAUUUAUUUACUGAAGAUAUUGGAUAUUUUUUUGUUUGGGAAUGGGGUAGGGGGAGAAGGGGGAUGUAACUGUUUAAAGAGAUUGACUAUGUAAAGAGAAACAAAAUACACAAAAAGCAAAGAAACCCAACACUAAAACAUUGCUGUAUUCAUGUAGAAAGUGUUUACGUAAGGAUGAUACAACUGUAUUAAUCUACCAUUGUUUAACUUGUUCCAGAAAUCAUCUCUACUUUGGUUCCUGCAUGUGAGAUACUCCAAUAAAUGCACUACUAGUGUGAACUGUA